AUGGAACUCACCGGAACCAUGCUGAACCUCACUGCCCAAACCAUGGAGUGGCCGGAGCUCAUCAACACAGCCAAGCGGGCUGGCGACUGGCAACAAGUGCUGACACUACUCCAGCACAUGCUGCAGCAAGGUGAUGCCCCGGACACAUCAUGCUUCAACAUGGCCAUCGCCGCGUGCGGGAAAGGCAAACGAUGGCGACAUGCGAUGCAAAUCCUGGCUGAUAUGUCUUCGCGGCAAUUCACGCCGGACACUGUUUCCUACAAUGCAGCCAUCACGGCCUGCGCGAGGUCUCGGCGCUGGCAGCUGGCUGUAGGACUCUUCGCGGGCAUGCCCGAAGCAGCUGUCGUUCGUGAUGUAGUCAGCCACAAUGCGGCCAUUGAUGCCUGCAAGUCAGGGGCGAAUUGGCGACUGGCCCUGGCCUGCUGGAGCCGCAUGCCGGAGGACUCGGUUUCUCGCUCCACCAAUGCAUACAACGCAUGCAUCAGUGCUUGCAAAACAAGCAGCCAAUGGCAGUGGGCUUUGUGGCUGUUUCAUGAGAUGAGGCGUGAAAGGCUUCAGCCCACUACCAUCACACACAGUGCUUCCAUGAGUUCUUGCCUGCAAGCAGGUGAGUGGCAGUUGGCCCUGCUCCUGUUCGACCUCAUGCUCCACACUUCAGCUGCGAAAGACACUUUAGUCUUCAACGUGGCCAUGCAUGCAUGCCGCCAGAGUUCUUGCUGGCAGGUAUCGCUGGCGCUCCUGCAAGAGCUGCGCUGCUCGGCUCUGCGGGCCGACCAGAUCAGCUUCUCCACUUCCAUCGCGGCGAUGGAUUCUGAUGGCCGAUGGGAGGCUGCCCUAAGUCUGCUGCUCAUGAUGAAAGCUGGAGGUGCUGAGCCCAACGAGGUGAACAGCUGCGCUGCGCUGAAGACUUUCAAGAGGAGCGGGCGAUGGGAAGUGGCUGCCCUGCUGGCAGACAGUUCGCGGCAGACAGGCCUGGUGGCGAGAACUGGUGUGCUGAGCGCCUUGCAGCUGCACGGGAUCUGGGAGCAAGCGCUCGGUGUCGUUUGCAGCGCACAAGUCGGCAGCACAAGACCGGACAGCAUGAUGAUGACAGCAUCCAUCAGCACCAUGAGGGAUGCGUGGCAACUUGCAGGGGCCGUCCUGUUUGGGUUCGGGCCGGCUCGCCUUCAGAAGAGCACCGUAGCCUUCAACGCCGCCUUGGCCUCGUUGGAGGGAAGUGGCUGGCAGCAGGCGCUGCAGCUGGGCCUUGCUUCCCGCCUUCUGGGGCUGGACCUGGAUGCGGCAAGCUUCGACUCCCUGAUGGCCGCCACUUGCAGCUGGCAAAAGGUGCUGAACAUCUAUGCGUCCAUGGCAGAUGCAUCAGUGCGCCCUGGACAGCGCGCAUUGGAUGCAGCACUGCAGGCCGCGCCCUCUGCGGAGCUCCUGGCCGCAUUGCCGCGCUUGGCGCUGCGGCCGAGGGCUGUGCAGGCCCAAAUCCGUGCUGCCCGGCACCUCGGUGGCGGGCGAGUGGUCGAGGUGGACUGCCAGGCGCUGCGCUUCACGCAAAGCAGCAUCAAGGCCCGAUUUCACAGUGGGCAGUUGCUGGAGGCGAAAAUCCGUGGCCUCCUCCGAGGGAGGGAAGAUCCCCGAGAUCCCUGGUUCCUGCUAACGGUGGUGCAGUAUGGUGACCAACGUCUCUGCAUGAGCAACCGCCGCCUUUACUGUCUGCAAAGCUACAAGAUGCAAGAUCCCUCCUGGGAUGGUAGGGUUCGCGCCCGGAUCCUGGAGUGGCCCAACUUUCACGAGGACCCAAAGGUCUUCGAGGAAUUCGUGCAGCAGCUGAACGAUGCCAGUGGAUAUGAGAACAUGUGCGGGAGCAUCACAAUGUUUGGGUCGCAAGGCAAGAGGCGGGACCUGCCUAGGACAUCGGCGGCGCGCAGCUCUACAGUGGGAGACUUUCUGGACAGUCGAAGUGAAGAUGCGAAGAUGCCAAAAAUUGUGGGCCAGCGCGUGUCAGUUCUUGGCAUAUCCGCGCCGCACAGCUUCCGGAAGCUGAAGAAGGCCUCCAGUACAGCCCUGAAUCCCUUCUUCAGAGCGGUGAGCCGCUUCCGGCAGAGAAGAUGGGAUGAGUGCGUUGACAUCUGCACAGAGCUUCUGGAGCAGAACCCCAAGGACCAGGCGGCCUGGUUCCUGAAGUGCAGGGCGCUCACUUCCAAGCAAUGGAUCGACGACGUGGAGAUUGACGAGGAGGGAGUGGCCGACCUGCUCUUGGACGAGAAUGCCGUAGCACAGGCGCCGCGCCCUGGCACGUCGCUCAACCGGCCUCUCACCCGAGCAGAGAGUGGCGGAGGCCCAACCCAGGUGGUGCGCCCCGUCAGUGCAAGCGGAAGGCCGCUGACGGGCUUUGCGCGCCCGGGGACCAAUCGCCCCACAUCCUCCUCAGCUGGGAGAGAUGUGACCACUGCGAUGCAGGGGAAUCGGCCCGGCACCUCGAGGCCACUAACGUCUAUGGGUCGGCUGAUACGGCUGGGCACCGCGUCGAUGGUAAAUCAGGACGGUGGCGAGUUCGUGAGGUUAGAGUCGCUGGACUUGCAGAAGUAUGCGCAGCGCCCGGCCAUUGCCAAGGCGCUGUGUGAUUACAUGCUGUACUAUGCUCGCAAUCCGCGUAAGGCUUUGGAGUUGGCAUCUGAAGCUACACAGGCUGUCGACUUCAAGGACUGGUGGUGGAAGGCGCGGCUCGGCAAGGCCUACUACCAGCUGGGUCUCCUUCGCGAUGCCGAGAAGCAAUUCAAGAGCGCGCUGAAGGACGAGGAGAUGAUCACAACCCACCUGGAGCUUUGCAAGGUCUACCUUCGUCUGGACCAGCCAAACUCGGCUCUCGACCAAUACGGGCGCGCUGCCGAGAAGUUUGUGGGGGAAACCCACAUCCUCAUUGGCUUGGCUCGGACCUACGACAUGCUGAACGCGCUGCUUCGAGGUGUCAGCUUCUACAAGAAGGUCUUGCAGUAUGAUGCCGUGAAUGCAGAAGCCAUUGCAUGUUUGGCUUCCCACCACUUCUAUACCGACCAACCAGAGCUGGCUCUGCGAUUCUACCGCCGAAUGUUGCAGAACGGCGUCGUCAGUGCGGAGCUUUGGAACAACAUGGGGCUUUGCUGCUUCUAUGCCGGGCAGUAUGACCUAACCCUCAGCUGCUUCGAGCGCGCACUUAUGCUGGCGGACGAUGACAACAUGGCUGACGUUUGGUACAACAUUGGCCAGGUAGCGAUCGGUGUGGGCGACCUAGGCCUGGCUUACCAAGCCUUCAAGAUCGCCAUUUCCGUGGACCCCAACCACGCCGAAAGUUACAACAACAUCGGGGUGCUGGAGCUGCGCAAGGGCAACGUCGAGCAAGCACAGGCACAUUUCGGCACAGCCAUGCGGUUGGCCGCACACCUGUUUGAGCCGGCGUUCAACGGAGGGCUCCUGGCCUUCAAGCUCGGUGAGUUCCAGGAUAGCUUCGAGUUGGCCAACAAAGCCCUUGAGGCCUACCCGGAACACAUCGAGAGCAAGGAGCUCAUCAAGCAGCUGAAGGUUCCGCGGCUGCGCCCUGAGACGCGCAGGUCGCGCACUGAGCCGUCGAAAGCUGUGGAGGCAGCUCUUAGCGACCUCAACGAGGACACUGGCAGGAGCCCCGUGGAGAGUUUGGUCGACACAAAGAGGAGUCAGCGCUCAUCAAUCCGUCGCUCCAACACUGAAGAGGAGCUGCGCCAAGUGAGUGGUAGAAGAGGCAAGCUGAGCCUCGACAGCUUCUCCUAUCCACCCCGCAGUCGGCAAUUUCGCAGCAUGUUCCACGAGGAUUUGCGACUGCGCUCCACAGUGCUGCUGGAGUGGGCCGCAGCGGACCUCUUCAGCCUCUUCACACUGCAGGCCAUCCUGGAGAUUGUCUUGGCGCUUUUGCUGGAGUUUCGGGUGGUUGUGGUGUCCGAGUCACCGGAGCUGGGGUCAAAGUUGGUCUUGGGUCUGAGCUCACUGCUGUGGCCCUUCAGUUGGCAGCACUUACUUCUCCCGAUCUGCCCAGUAUACCUUCAGGAGGCCAUCAUUGAUGCGCCGGUGCCGUUCAUCUCUGCACUGCCAGAGAUCACGCCACAGGUAGGCAGCCGCCCUAAACACCCGUAA